GUGUUCGAUUAGGGUUGAAGCUUUCCAGGACAUCGGCCUUCCAGGACUGAUGCAGCACGAAUGCAGAUGAUCGGAACACCUGUCCGGCUGGAGGAGUCGGGGGCGCGCCCGCAGGAGCGAGCUUCGGGAAGCGAGCGCGCGCUCUGCUGGAAGGGACGCACAGGCAGACAGAGCGGUGCGAAGAGAGGAAAUUACCCGCCUUUACCGCAUUACAGUGCUGCGUAUGGGAGAGCAUCACACCGCAUCAUAUGUGGCCAAACCGGCAGCGACACAGGUCUUAGAAGUCUCUGCCAUCAUCAUCAUUGAAAUUGGCCAGAUUUCCAACACUUUUGUGUCAUCUAACACAACUGAAACUGUGCAAGUGAGCCACUAGGGAGCUGGACGGGUGGAGUCAGCCAAUCGUAGGAGAGAGAUGUGGACACAGAGGCGGUGGGCGGCACUCGCAGUGUUGUCAAUAAUCUCACUGCUGUCAGAGGAGGCGGCUGCUAUUGAAGUCCCUCUGGACCCAAAGAUCCAGCAAGAGCUGAAACAGCCCCCCACCAUUGUGAAGCAGUCACUAAAGGACUACAUUGUGGACCCCAGAGAUAACAUCAUCAUUGAAUGCGAGGCCAAGGGGAACCCAGUGCCAACGUUUCAGUGGAGGCGGAAUGGAAAGUUCUUUAAUGUGGGUAAGGACCCACGGGUGACCAUGAGAAGUCGAUCUGGAACACUAGAGAUCAGAAGCAGUGGAAAACCAGAAGAUUAUGAAGGAGAAUACCAGUGCUUCGCUUCCAACAACUUGGGCACAGCCAUUUCCAACAAAAUCCUGCUUCGAGUGUCAAAGUCUCCGCUGUGGCCAAAGGAGGUUUUGGAACCGGUAACUGUGCGUGAGGGAUCACCGCUCGUCCUGGCCUGCAACCCUCCUCCUGGUCUUCCCCCUCCUGAAACCUUCUGGAUGGACAGCUUCAUUAUGCCUAUAGCACAGGACAGGAGGGUGUCAAUGGGCCUGAACGGUGACUUGUUCUUCUCCAACGUUCUAGCUAAAGAUGCCAAGACUGACUACAGCUGCAAUGCUCGCUUCGAGUUCACACACACCAUACAGCAGAAGAACCCCUACACACUUAAAGUGCAAACAAUGCGUAAUAUACCGGAAACCCAGCCCACCUUUCUAUCUCCAACGGGCUUGUCCAGCACCAAGAUGGUGCUCAGAGGAGAAGAACUUCUCCUGGAGUGUAUAGCAGCUGGAGUACCAACUCCUACCAUUACCUGGUCCAAAAGAGGAGGAGACCUGCCAACGAAAAAAGUCAGGAUUGGGAACUUCGAUAAAACCUUACGCAUUCUCAAUGUGUCUGAGGAAGACAUUGGCAGCUACACCUGCAUGGCCAGCAACAGAAUUGGCAGCAUUCGCCACACAGUUGAAGUCCAGGUCAAAGCUGCUCCAUUUUGGCUCGAAAAGCCCAUCAAUCUGGUUCUUGCCCCUGAUGAGAGUGGACGGUUAGUGUGCCGUGCUAACGGGAGUCCCAAACCCACUAUUCAAUGGCUGGUGAAUGGAGAACCCAUUGAAAGUUCACUCCCCAACCCCAAUCGGAGAGUUCUUGAUGACACGAUCAUAUUUGAGACGGUUCAGUUUGAAAGCAGUGCAGUUUACCAGUGUAACGCCUCCAAUGAGCACGGUUAUCUUCUGGCAAAUGCUUUCGUCAGUGUUUUGGAUAUGGCACCGCGGAUGCUUGGCCCGAAAAACCAGCUGAUCAAAGUCAUUGAAAACAACAGGACCUUCCUCGAGUGUCCUUUCUUUGGCUCACCGCUCCCUUUACUUCGCUGGUUUAAGAACGGACUUGGCAGUGGUUUGGAUGGUGGUCACUACAGGCUAUACCACAAUGGCACUUUGGAGAUCAAGCAGGCCCGGACAGAAGACCAGGGCACCUACACCUGCGUCGCCAGCAACAUUCUGGGCAAGAUGGAGAAUCAAGUGCGCCUAGAGGUUAAAGAGCCCACAAGAAUAGUCCGCGCACCUGAACAUAAGACGGAACCCAGAGGAACCACAGUUCGAUUCGACUGUCGAGUUAAACAUGAUCCUUCCCUUCCUGCUACAGUCACAUGGCUGAAAGAUGAAAAGCCUCUGAGCUUUAGCUGGAUUGGCCGGUUGAAAAAGGAUGAUGAGUCCUUGACUAUUUACAAUGUCAAUCCAGACGAUGGAGGAACCUACACAUGCACAGCCAAAACUGAGAUAGACGAGGACACUGCCUCAGCUCGCCUUACUGUUACAGAGAAUGACAGCUCGUCUGCUUCAAAUCGUAGUGCCUCUGCAGGUCGACCCGACCCACCUCAGGAUCUGGAACUCUCUGACCCUUCAGCACGCAGUGUCAGACUCACCUGGGUGCCCGGAAAUGAAAACAACAGUCCUGUUACACAUUUCCUAGUCCAGUUUGAAGAGGACAGGUGGGAGCCAGGGAAGUGGCAGAACCUGUCAAUUUAUGAUUGGAACCUAAACUCAGUUAACCUUCAGCUAUCACCAUUCGUCAACUACCAGUUCAGAGUGAUUGCGAUCAAUGCUGUGGGUCAGAGUCAACCCAGCCACCCCUCUGCACGUUAUCAGACCAGCGGAGCCUCUCCUGAUGUUGUACCAAGUGGACUUAAAGGGUGGGGAAGCAAAAAAAACAACAUGGAGAUCACAUGGCAGGCCAUGCAGAACACAGAGAGGAAUGGGCCAAACCUGCGAUAUGUGCUCUCCUGGAGAAGAAAAGACACAGAAGAAGAGUGGAAUAACAUCACCACAGCCAAAACAAAACACGUUGUCCAUAAUACAGACACCUACGUUCCUUAUGAGAUCAAAAUACAGGCUGUCAAUGACUUUGGACAUGGCCCAGAGUCAAACAUGGUCAUCGGUUAUUCUGGGGAAGACAAACCAUCCGCUGCACCAACAGAUCUUAGGGUGUCAAAGAUCAACAGUACCAAAGUCAAUAUUCACUGGGAGCCUGUGGAGCAGAGCAGUGUAAAUGGAGAAUUUAAAGAAUACAAGUUGUACUACUGGCGGGAGGCCAGCCUCAUAAAGGGCCUGAAAGUAAAUAAGACAAAGUUGCAUAAGGGAUUCUUUACCACAGCAGAACAUCCCUCUGGCAUCCUGACAGAGCUCUAUCCAUACAGCAAAUAUAAGAUGUAUAUGGUGGUUGCUAACCGAGAACAUGAAGGGCCGCAAAGCAAUACUGUGGAGUUUUACACCAAGGAGGGAGAGCCAGGGGCUCCAAAAUACUUUAGGAUUCUAAGACACACGGACGUGGUUCACCUGAAGUGGGACAAACCACUGGAGCCAAACGGUGUCCUGAUUGGAUACACACUCCAGUACCACACAGUGAACGGGACACAGGCGGGAGAGAGGAAAGUCCAGAGUUUCCCACCCAAUGUGACGGAGUACGUCAUGAAUCUGCCUCACCGCUUCACGCGCUUCAAGUUCUUCCUAGCAGCCCGUACGCAGGUCGGAGCAGGAGAAGUGUACGCUGUCGAGUCUCCACACUUCACCAAUGAAGGCACCCCAGAUACUGACUCUACAGUUGUAGCCGUUAACUUUACAGAUGGCUUGAUGUUCGAAAUUCCUCCUCCUCCCCUUCCCCCCUCCACUGACCCAAACCCAACAAUAUUCACCCCAGAACCAACUCCACCAGUCCCUACAACUGCUGCUCCAACCAAACCUACUACCACCACCACCACCACCACUACUACUACUACAACUUCUACUACUACUACAACUACCACAACUACUACAACAACCACCACUACUACAGCAGCUUCCACCACAGUUGCUCCAGUUCGGCCCGUGCCUCCCAAAACAGUGGAUUGGAAAAUGCUGGCCCCGAAUGUAAAGAUCUGGAAUCUGACGGUGGAUGCUAACAAUGACAAUGCUAACGUCAGCUGGAAGCACAACUUCUCCGUUGACAGCAGCAAGUUUGUUGUAGAGUUCACACUGGACAGUAAUGGGUCGAUGACGAGCAUUCAAGUAAACCAGCAGCCUCACAUUAAGCUGGCUGGGCUGGUGGCUGGGGCCAAGUAUCGGUUGCGGGUCUAUUCGCAUGAGCACAACUCCAUCAGCAGCGACUAUGUCACGUUCGAGACAGGCAGAGCCUAUAAGGAGCAGGAAGACAUCGCUACUCAGGGCUGGUUCAUUGGGUUGAUGUGUGCCGUCGCUUUAUUGGUUCUGAUUCUGCUCAUUGUUUGUUUCAUCAAGAGGAGUCGUGGAGGAAAAUACCCAGUGAGAGAGAAGAAAGACCUCCCCUUAGAUCCCGUCGAUCAUAAAGACCAAGAUGGAUCAUUUGACUAUCAGAACGAGAACAGGUCUCUUGAAAGGGAAAGCAGCGACGAAGACAACAAGCCGUUACAGGGCAGCCAAACGUCCCUGGACGGGAACGUUAAAGAAAGCGACGACAGUCUCGUGGACUACGGCGAAGGAGGAGACGGACAAUUCAACGAGGAUGGUUCCUUCAUCGGCCAAUACACAGUAAAGAAGGACAAAGAGGAGACAGAAGGAAAUGAGAGCUCAGAAGCCACAUCACCUGUCAAUGCCAUCUACUCUUUGGCAUAGCACCUCCACCUGGGCACGGCGCCCCCCAGCGGGCCGGAGGGUGCCAUUACACGCAUAGAAAAUAAAUAUAUAUACACAGAGAAUUACGAGUAUUCACAUAGAACGCACUGGAGUGCAUGAUCCUACUGAACAAGGGAUGGGGAGCUAAAAUUGCGUCCAGAAACCUUUGUUUGAGGCAUCCCCAUGCCCCACACAGACUUUAGUGUGCCUUUAGGGCGACGGGGCGAACUUUUUGAGCUUUUCGUGUGGCUUACGCUCUUCUUUUUUAUUUUGGAAAUCUGCCUUUUCCUCUUCUUCCUCCUACUGUAGCUACUAGCAUCAAAGAAAUGGAUAUACAAGCACCAGACCUGUGACAUAUCAACUGUGGGUCGACUCAAUUGCAGAACGUCGGCAGAUAGGUUUAUCAUAUUGAUAUUUCCGCAGUGAAUGAUCCCUUUAUUUGUUUUCGACACUAAAAUUGAUUUAUCCCCCCCAGAAAAAAACAAACAAACAAAUGAAAUUCGUAUAGCGUGCUGGCACAGUUUACUGUGCUUUGUAAAACUAUGCACUAUGUAUUAUUGUUAUUAUGAUUUGGGGUUAUAAUUGGGCGUUAGAAUCUUCAUCAUUUUGUUUUUUCACGAAAACUUAUUUAGUCCUAGAUUUAUUCUUAUAUGUGCUACAGGACUGAUAUCAUGCUUUCAUCUGCCAUUGCUUUGUUAAUAUAUUUUCACUGGCUGCAACUGUAAAAUGCCACCAAUAUUUAUAGGCUGAGGUUAGACGGCGCCACUUGUAAAUCAAAAAAAAAAAUCUUUAUUUUGAAGCAUGGUAGUAUUUUAGCGCAAAGGACAAUGGAGAGGUUGUAAUACGAAGAGUUAAAAACAAUAAUAUAUUCCUUUUUUAUAAGAUACUUGCUUUAUAUAGUCCUCAAAAGAGAAUGAUGAUAAUAAUAAUGAUGAUGAUGAUGAUGAAAUCACUUUUUUCUUUAUUCAUUUUUUAAAUCAGCUGGGUGAAGAUUUCGGUGUCAGAAUAAGUUUGUAAAGGGAGUCUACAAAAGUUUGGGGUGCAUCAAUACAUCUUUGGGUUAUUCCUUGGGAAUUUCUAGAAAUGAAUAACUCAUUAGGCAAAGAUAAGUGUAUAUAUUGUUUGGGGUUGAUCCAGUGUUGCGGCUGAGACACUGCCCUGAAGACAUGCCACUGUAACUGUAGUUCGUCUCUACCUGUGCUCCAAAAUGAUUGCCAUUACUUUAUCUUCUGCACUGCUGUGUAUAGUUGGGUUCAAAAGUCUGAGGCCACUUUGAAAGUCUGAAAAGCUUUUCUAUUUGCGCCUGGAAAUGAGUUACAUUUGACGAUUUUGGAAAAUAUUAAGAACUCAUAAAAUUAUUUAAAGCCUUUUGUUACUCAUUACAGAUGGUCAGAUGUUCUUCUUUCCUUUGAUCAUCAAUCUCUUUUGCACCAAUAACUAAUAAUCAUAUUUAGGUGAAAACAAGGUUGUGAGUGAUAUUUAUGGUACACUUGACAAAAAUACCGUUCAGAAAACCUUUACAAUUAGUUACUUUACUUUCAAAAGUGAGCAAAUCCAUUGCUCUAAAGGGACGAGUUGACUUUAUUUAAAAAAAGUGAGAAAAACCAUUGGAACUUGAAAUGUGCACUGUAAAACAUGUAGCAUUCCACACAAGUAUUUCAUAUUGUUACAACACUAAUCAAUAAGUUAACCUAAUAGUUUUUAAAAAUGUAUUUGGUUUCAACAUAACACAUUUAGGUUUUCCCACAACUUUAGAAUUGUGUCUUUUCAAUCCAUUUUAAAUUAGUUUGAACAAGCAGCAAAAAGUACACUGAAAAAAACUGAUUUAAAGAUGAUUCUUUGGAUUUGCAAUUUUUUUUUAAAGUUACAGUUAGUUGUAAUAAAACAAAUAAACAAUUUUUUUUGGAAUGAAUUUAAACAAACUAAUUAGGGUGAACAUUAUUAUAUUAUUAUAUAUAAUUUUAUUUGUGUGUUUAAAUUGAACAUGCAAAUUGUUUGCAACAAUUUUGCAGGCAUCAUUUUUUUCAGUGUAUUUAUUUUGAGUGUGGAUUUUUAUAUGUACGCACAGUUAUUUAACUUAAAAAAGUGAGUUAACAUGUUAACUUAAGUUAAAUUAUUAAGUGUAGUCAACUAAUAGUUUUUUACAGUGUGAAAAAUAAUGUGAUCUUGGACAUUAUCACAAUGCGUUGUAUUGUAACGACUGUAAGUCUGUUCUUCAAAGCCUUGUUUUCAUUCGUGUUUAUUUUGUCGUCUGCAACUAACGUUGUAGAUUCUGAUUAGCUGUCAAUGAUUUAAUUAUUCAUUAGCUGAAAAAGUUAUCCUUAUUUAUCACUUACAGCUAUGGAGUGGCCUUUGCUAUUCUUGAACAUUUACAAAAAAAAAACUAUGUAUUUAUUGUUCAUUGGCCUCAAGUUUGUUAAAACAAAAGCGCAACAAACCAAAUAUGAAGAUGUUCUAACACUGAAACUAUUUUAAUCUCAUUUGUAUUGAAAAGUGCUGUAUAAAAUGACAAAACAACAUUACAUUUUCACUGGUGAUCUCAAACUUUUGGAUGCCUCUACGUAUUUUCUUGAUUUUAUUUAUAAAAAAAAAAAACAAUAAGGACUAAUAUAUUAAUAAUUUAUUGAUGACUGCACAAUGCCUACUCAAAAGUCUUUUAGCACAUUAUAAAAGCUUCUCUGUGUAAUUUAGGAUGAAAAUGUGCUUUACUGAUGGAGAACCAUGUUUGUGGCGAUGUAAAAUAAUGAAAUGUGAUGUCACCAUUAAAGGGAGAGUACGUCU